UUAUGAGAUCCACACCAACCGGGUCAAAUAUCGGAUCUCAAGUUAUAUUGUUGUUCAAGAAAUCACUCUCUCAUACAUUCAACCUUUUGUCUGUUAAAUCAAACGCAUUAACGAUCUGUUCUACACUUCUCGAUCAAAAGGUGAAAAUCAUGAAGUUUGACUUUAGUGGACUAGAAUCAAGUGCACCACUCUACGGGUUAAAUAACGAGUUGCUGUCUGAUGGGUUCUCAGCUGCCCCUUCAUUUGAUCUUCCGGUCACAUCAGAUUUUGAUGAUUUCCAGAAGAAUUCUAUCCAAAUGGUAAAGCCAGCAAAGGGGACAACAACCUUGGCUUUUAUCUUCAAGGAUGGUGUGAUGGUUGCUGCUGAUUCCCGAGCUAGCAUGGGAGGCUAUAUCUCAUCUCAAUCUGUGAAGAAAAUCAUUGAAAUUAAUCCCUAUAUGCUGGGUACAAUGGCUGGAGGAGCUGCAGAUUGCCAGUUCUGGCACAGAAAUUUAGGUAUUAAGUGUCGUUUGCAUGAAUUAGCAAACAAGAGAAGAAUUUCAGUCACCGGUGCUUCAAAAUUGCUGGCAAAUAUAUUAUAUUCUUAUCGUGGAAUGGGUUUGUCUGUCGGGACAAUGAUUGCAGGAUGGGAUGAAAAGGGUCCAGGCCUGUAUUAUGUAGACAGUGAAGGAGGACGCCUGAAGGGAACAAAGUUCUCAGUUGGGUCUGGUUCACCUUAUGCUUACGGUGUACUAGAUAGCGGGUACAAAUAUGAUUUGACAAUUGAUGAAGCUGCUGAAUUGGCUAGAAGAGCCAUUUAUCAUGCAACGUUCCGUGAUGGAGCUAGUGGUGGUGUUGCUAGUGUUUAUCAUGUGGGCCCAAACGGAUGGACAAAGCUAUCGGGUGAUGAUGUUGGUGAACUUCACUAUUCAUACUAUCCUGUUGAACCAGCCACCGUUGAGCACGAAAUGACGGAAGCUGUAGUUGCCUGAGUCGAACGGAUUGCUGUUGGUAAUUUGUCAAAAAAAAAACAUUGGAGCAUGAUGUACUUUUGUUAUGAUUUUACAUGUUCGAAUGACAUUAACUUGUUUUUUUCUUGUUUAUCGCUAGAGUUUGCCAUUCGUAUCGUUUCUUCA